AUGUCGAAAAAUUGCAUUCAGAUCCUCGAUUUGUGCGUGAAGUGUAAUGGGCACGUCUCGGAAGGCCGGUUUUACCCGGCCCUCAAAGCCGUCGAUCUAAUCGAGAAAAAUUGCCUUCAGAAUAAUAUUCCUGUCCGAGCUUUAAAGAUUCUUAUCGAAAAACAGAUACCUAUUUUAAAAUCCCACAUCAUGUUUGCAGUGAGCGAGAGGAAGACAUGCCUGUCAAAGGAAAGCCGAAGAGCAGAGCUGUUUGGGCCUCGAGAUUUGAGCUAUACGCUCGAUGUUGAGGAAAUCGACGAGAGCUCGGUUUUGAAAUUCGAUCUCACUCCCCUUUACCGAGCUUAUCACAUUCACGACUGCCUCGGGAUACCGGACGAGUUUCGCGAUUAUUACUAUAAUAACCGGUUCUUGCAGCUGAAGUCCAAUUUGCAGAUCUCUUCGACGCAGCCUUUCUCGAGUCCCACCAGUGGGAAAACGGGCCACACGGCUCAACAGUGUGGAAUUCCCGUUCGCUCGAUCGAUCGGCCGCAAAAUGGAUUAACGGCCAAGAUUGUCUUAAAAACAUCGAGGGACGAGGCGUAUCUCGCUCUCUUGAACCUGGUCAACUCAAAACUCGACGAGUGCAUGAAGUUGACCGAGAGCGUAAACUGGACUUCGGGCGAGAUUUCUCAACACGGGAACGAGUACAUAAACGAGGUCAUCAUAUAUCUCGACAUGGUCAUGUCGUCAGCUCAGCAGAUCUUAUCACUCGACGCUUUGUAUAAAGUCUGGAGUGGAGCUUUGGAUCAUAUCUCGAGUACUAUAGUGGGGGUUUUCUUAAGCGACAGUGUUAAGAGAUUCAAUGUGAAAGCUGUCACGGGCAUUAAUAACGAUUUGAAGGCCUUGUAG